CCUGAUCAUUUGGCCAGGUGAGAACCGCCGGACGAAUUUGCACCAGAGAAUCGACAUCCUUUUCGCCUUGCGAAAUGGGGAUCCCGUCUGCCGUCCUUGCGUCGUUCGCCAUCGCCCAGUGCAUCUGCGGGCGUGCGCCCUUGGCGACCCCCGGCGACCCCUGCGACCCCGAGGAGUACCCAGACCCCUGCGCCCUGGGCGACCCCAACAUGGAAUGCAUGGGAAACGGGCGCUGCGAGUGCAUGGACGGCUACGCGGACGACGCCGGCGGCUGCAAGGUCGAAGUCGGCGGCGACUGCUUCGAAACCGAAUGCGUCUCCAACGCUGAUUGCAUCGGGAUUUACCCGCCGUUUUGCGAAUGCCAAGAGGGAUUCAUCGAAGACGUCUCGACUGGUCUCUGCAAGACACCAGUCGAAGGGGAAUGCACGGUGGCGGAGGAGUGCGUGAGUCACGCGGCGUGCAUCGACUCAGAGUGCGUGUGCAACAGGGGAUUCCAGGAUUAUGGGAAUGGACUGUGCGAAGUCAUGACAUUUGACUGGCCAUGGCAGUACACUUUCCCCCCUUUCUUCACCAUUCAGCCAAAUGCGGCAACUCGUGAGAAACAACUGGAUGCGUGGCGCCACCUGGUCCUAGAUUACUGUAGGCACCAGAAAAUAUACCUCCUCGAUGUGAAUGAGGCUCUGUCCUCUCCUCUCUUCCAAAACAGAGAAUUGAAUCGCAAGUUGGGCUUUGAGGGAGUCUCUGUUGUCCUGGAUGGACUCCAGAAGACAGGGAACAUUGAGUGGAUAGACAAGCAGAAGAGACGGUGCUAUGUGUAUUGGAAAACCCCAGAGGAGUGGGGGAAGCUUAUUUACAAGUGGGUGCAGGACAAGGGCCUGACUAAUUCAGUUUGCACACUCUUUGAACUCGCUCAGGGUGAUGACACUGCUGGUGAGGAGUUCCAUGGACUCCACAAUGAUGUUCUGAUCAAAGCAUUGAAAACCCUGGAAGCCAGGCGUCAGGCUGAGAUCAUAGCAGAGGAAGGAGUGAAGUUCUUCUGA